GGGCUGCUGGUUCCCAGAGACCCUCAGACCCUCCAGGACACCCAGUCUCUCUGCUGCCUGCAGCCCAGACACAGCAGCCCAAACACGGACACAGUCGACUGCCUGCUCCUGUCUUCUUCCUGGAGCCUCGGCGUCGGUUUGACGGAGAAGUGAGGGAUCAGAUAGGAGAGAGAGAGAGAAAGAGAAAGAGAGAGAGCGAGGGAGAGAGAGAGAGAGAGAGAGGGGUCUCCGAAUCUGGACAGCAAACUUGUUGAAAAUCUAUGGGACACUUUCAAACAUCAGAGGGUUUGGUGGAUGUCGCAGACAAGUUUUCUUGACUUGUGAGAAGGAAGCUCGGUUUUUUCUUUUCCUGAGGAGGAUCUUCUUUUAAACAGUUUGAUUAUUUUCACCCUGAACCCCAGGGAAUUGUGGGAACAUUCGCAGGAUUUACUGUCGAUUUUUCCAGAUAAAGAUUUAUCUUGAGGACAAGGACCACCGCUCCACACCUUCAUCAUGUCUCUGUCUGUGGGGUUAUGGGCUUGUCUGUUCCUGCCGCUCAUGUUGACAGAUGGUAAAAGUGUCGGAGAACCAGACCCUCUGAAGAAACCCUCCUCACUCACCAAACAGGAACCCUUUUGGAUCGCCAAGCAGCCCAAGACCCGUGGUGACGCCCCCAACCGGAGCCUCCCCCUUCCUGAGAUGCUGGAUCUAGAUCUGGACCAGCAGCACCGCCGUCAGGUUCGGGGGGCUGAUGAGGAGGAGCAGCAGUCCACCUUUAGCCAGUCCUUUGAGAACGACUCUGUGACAGCGCCGCAGGCCACCGAGUUCGACAACGAGACGAAAAUCGGAGCAGGAGACAACAGCGAUGAUGAUGCUAAUCACCAUGGAAACUCUUCCAGCUCCGACAAAGACACCCCAGGACUCUUUAACCCCUUCUACCCAUUGGUGGAGAGCUCGUACGCGGCCUACGCCGUCCUGUUCCUGGCCGGCCUGGUGCUGGCGGUGGGCGUGGUGGGAAACAUGGCGGUCAUGUGUGUCGUCUGGAACAACUACUACAUGAGGUCAGCCUGGAACUACCUGCUGGCCAGCAUGGCAUUCUGGGACUUCCUGGUCCUGGUGCUCUGCCUCCCUGUGGUUGUCCUCAACCAGCUCUCCCAUAGGAGGAUUCUGGGUGACAUCACCUGCCGCAUGGUGCCUUAUAUGGAGGUGGGUGGGGCUUAAUCAGAGCGGCACAUGAGGUUGAUUCAGUGCUUAAGUGAUGUCAGGAUGGAUGGAUGGAUGAUUGAUGGAUGGAUGGAUGAUGGAUGGAUGAAUGGAUGGAUGAUGGAUGACAGAUGAAUGGAUGGAUGAAUGAUGGAUGGAUGAUUGAUGGAUAGAUGGAUGGAUGGUAGAUGGAUGAUUGAUGGAUGGAUGAAUGGAUGGGUGGUAGAUGGAUGGAUGGAUGAUUGAUGGAUGAAUGAAUGGAUGGAUGGACUGUGAAUUUCAGUCUAUGAUAAUAAGAAAAUCAAAUAUUUUGAAAACAAACUUUUAAAGAGAAAUAUUCUUCAUGGGAAACAUAAAAUCCUUCAAAAUAAAAGCCUCAAAUUUGUUUGAUGAAAAAGAUGAAAAUCAAAGUGAGGAACUCCUGAAACUUCAGACCACAGAGAAAAGUCUUUGUGUAGAUCAAGGUCAGACCGGGCUGUGCUGGUUCUGGUUCUGGUCGACUUUGAUCUCUGGCUGCUUUGGUGGAGCUGUUGUUGUUGUUUGUUUUGUUUCGAUCUCAUCCUUUAAUUUUGUUCUUCAACUUUGACCAUGUGCAGUUAAAAACACGGUUCACAGUUUUCUGUACAUAGACAAGAUCCUUCAGAGAUCCACAUGAGGUCUGUGGAAACCUGCCCGGUAUUAAGAAGAUCUGAGAUCAACUGCUGGUCAGGAACCAUCAGGAGAUGAUUUUCUGGACUGUGAUUGGCCGAAUGUAAACCUUUAAAUAUUAAGAUUUACGUUGUACCAUUUAUAUUAUACUUUUACGGAUUCAGGCUAGAGGGAGUUAAUCCACCCAUCCAUCCAUCAACCAUGCAUGCAUCCAUCCAUCAAUCCAUCCAUCCAUCCAUCAUCUAUCCAUUAAUCCAUCCAUCAAUCAAUCCAUCCAUCAUCUAUCCAUUAAUCCAUCCAUCAAUCAAUCCAUCCAUCCAUCCAUUAUUCAUGAAUCCAUCAUCCAUCCAGUAAUCUGUCCAUCCAUCCAUCCAUCCAUCCAUCUGUUCUCACAUACACAGCCUAGGGAUUAAACUUAAGGUUGAAGGUCAGGGGGGUCAGUCUGGACCUCAGCCUCAUGUUCAGGGUUUAAAGUCUGCCAAAAAUAACCCAUGAGUCAACCUCUUAAAUGGACAUUUGAUCUCUUAAAGGGACAGUUGACCUCUUUAAGGACAGUAACCCUUCCUGAAAAGUUGAUUAAACUAAUAUGAGUCCUCCUGUAAAAUCAUAAAACUUCAUGUUUCCCGCUCACCAUUGUUUUUCCCUCCUUGUGUCUGCAGGCCGUGUCUUUGGGCAUCACCUCCUUUACUCUGUGCGCUCUGGGCAUCGACCGUUUUCACGCGGCCACCUCCUCGUCACAGCCGAAGGCGCGGCGUGUGGAGCGCUGUCGCUCGGUUCUGCUGAAGCUGCUCCUGGUUUGGCUCGCCGCCCUGCUGCUGUCCAGCCCAGAGAUCUUCCUGUGGCAGCUGAGCCAAGCUGUGUCUCCGUCCACUGGUCGGUUGGUGGACUCCUGCACCAUCACUCCGUCCUCCCCCCUCACCCUCUACCUACCAGACUCCCUCCACUCCCUGCUGCUCAGGUACCACCAGGUGAGUACAGGUAAACUGGGAGAUCUGAGUUGAAGCACAGAAGGACUCCUGGGUUUCAGAUUAUGGAUUGAUCCACUCUUUUUGGUAUUUAAUCUUUUUCUGUCCCCAACUAUCCAACUACAGCUCAGGGAUCAGCUUUAAUCACUCAAAUCUUUCUGAACCAAACAACCCACCCCAAAAAUAAUGUUCCCAAAAAGAAGUGUCCCUACUUUGAAGGUUUUGGGAGAAAUCAGACCAGCCCCAUUAAAGAGACUCUGUCCAUGGAAACGUCCAUGAACCAGUAUAUUAGUGUUGGUGGUUAGAGUAAGAGAGGAUGGACUGUUGGAUAAAUUUGGAUUAUUAAUCUGCAGGAAGUCUUUUCUUUAUAACAUUAACCUUAAACAGAGAUAUUAAAAUAAAAAAACAUCCUCUCACAGCAGGCUAAGCUCUCUCCAUAAGACUUAGAGAUCCGUGCACAGAAAUCUGAACAGUUACCCAGGAUUUCCACCACAUGUAGAACGGCUGCGAUUUUUGCUGUACACCAAUUCCUACCAGAUCCGUUUGUGAGAUGAAUUUCGUGGCGGAUUACAGACAGCGGUAAUUGCGAGAACUCACAAGAACCCGCGGAUUCACGUUCAAUCACGCUAUAACAAGUUGUCUCUAUAAAGACAGCCAAAUAGACAUACAGGCUGUAGAUUGUGUCCUUCCUGAGGAGGAAAUCUACUUCUAGACUUCUAGAAUUCGCAUCUCCUCAUCCAUAGUGUCAUUGGGGUGAAAUGACGUCUAAAAACCUUUCACUUGUUUGUCUCCGCCUGUUUGCAUGGUGUGAAAUACGAUCCUCUUGAAACACGGAGUUUUAUUUUGAAAAGAAGCUGGAUGUUUUAUUUUGUGUCUGUGCCUGACUUCCUUUCCAGCACGGGUUAAUCUGUGCUGAAUUUAUCCGGCAUGCUCCGGCGCCUGCAAAAAAUGGGACUCUUGUGAUCAGCUGAGGAGUCCUGCGAUCCACAGAGGAAUGGAAAGAAGCCGGUGGAAAUUGACACGUUAACUUGAAUUUUUACGAUCAGCUACGAUGGGCGGAUGCGACCUUUAAGUAGAUGUUUAGGAUGAGGUGGAAAUUGGAGGUUAGGGAUAGCUCAAGGUCAGAUUCUUGACAAAGGCGUCCUUCGCUCAUCUGUCCUGUAAUGAAGUGAUGGUGGCUCCAUGUCAACUCUGAUCCUCCAUCAAAAAUGUCCAUGAAUGCAAUCGAGACUUUUUCGAGGUUAGGACACGUCUGAAUUUUGACAGAACCCUUAAAUUAAAGUUAAAAACCAGGUCAACAAAGUCAUCAGGUCAACUCAGGUAGACUCGGCUCAAGACGAACUUCCCUAACUGAGUUUCAACAGCAGUUUUAUAAAACCAUAAAUCUGAGAAGAUCUUCAUCGACCACCAGACAAUCAUCAAACUUUAGCUUUAUUGCCUUCUUCUUUUUUAGGUCACAGCUGAGGACCAAAGUCUGGCCUUAGUCUGGGGGUUCAUUUUGAAGGGGGACUAGUCGACUCUUUGACCUUUGUAGAAAAGCUGAUUCAGUGUUUCUUCUGCCUCCCAUCUUUCAGGGUCGUAUGUGGUGGUGUUUCGGCUGUUACUUCUGCCUCCCUGUCCUUUUCACCAUUCUCUGCCAAAUGGCCACCCGUAAUGUCAACAGCGACUCCAGCUCCGCCCAGAAGCAACGUAACCAGGACGACCGCUCCUCCAAUCAGAAGCGCCAGCAGCACCAGGCGGUGGAGCGCCAGCUGAACUGCACGCUGUUAGCAUUAGCAGUAGUUUACGGUGUCUGCGCUCUGCCUGAACACGUCUGCAACAUCACGCUGGCCUACACACACAUCACUGUCUCCGAGGACACGGCUGCCAUGUUGGCUCUGCUGCAUCAUUUCCUGUUGUUCUUCAAGUCAUCGGUAACACCAGUGCUGCUGCUGUGUCUGUGUAAGGUAGGUCAGACGUCACAUGACCCCAGUCCAAACGUAAAAAAAGGACCAAUGAGAUUAUUGUUAACAUCAUUACUACAUUACUAUCAUUUUCAGCAUUAUCAUUAUUAUUAUUAAUUAUAAUCUAUUUAUUUUAUGAAUCAUUAACUUUAUUUUUCUUAAUUAUUAUAAUAAUAAUUUUGAUUAUUAUAAAUAAUACCAUCAUUAUUAAUAAUUAUCAUAAUUGAUGUUUUUUAUUAUUGUUAUCAUCUUCAUUAUUAUCAUUACUAUUAUUUUUAUCAUCAUCAUCAUCAUCAUUAUUAUGAAUUAUUAAUGUUUAUUAUUAUUAUUAUUAUUAUUAUUAAUAUUAUUAUUAUUAUUAUUAUUAUUUAUCAUUUUUAUCAAUUAUCAACUAUAUUUUGUAUUAUUGUAAUUAUUAUCAUUUGAUUAAUUAUCAUAAUUAUUGUUUUUUAAUUGUUAUUUUUAUUAUCAUCAUCAUUUAUUAUCAUUAUUAUUACAUGUUACUAUUGUUAUUAUAAUCAUCAUUAUUAUCAUUACCAUUAUUAUUACAAAUACCAUCAUUUUUAUUACUUUUUUAAAUAAUGUUAUUACUAUCACUAUCAUUAUUUUUACUAAUUAUCAUAAUUUUUUUAUUAUUAUAAACAAUAUCAUCAUUAUCUAUUAUCAUAAUUAUUGUUUUUUAUUAGUUAUUUUAAUCAUCAUCAUUUAUUAUAAUUAUAAUAAUUUUUAAGUAUAAAUAUUUUUGUUACUAUUAUUAUUACUAUUUGUAUUAUUAUUAUUAUUAUUAUUGGUUUUAUUAUUAUUAUUAUUAUUACUAUUAUCAUCAUAGGGAACACAUUUCCACACAUUCACUCCCUAGAAACAGGGAAAGAAUCUUAAUCUGACCUUGUAAUAUUACAGAUGCUGCUGCAUUAACAGGUUAUUCCUAGACAUCAGUUACGGUUAAUUCAAAUGAAUAACUGCAGAUCAAAAUGAUGCUGAUUGGACAAGGGACUCAGUGUUGUUAAUUAAAACCCUCAUAAAAACAGGAACUGGACUGAGUCCCUGAGCCGGGACCAAACCGUCCCUUAGACUCACCUGGGGGGUAUUUCACAAAGCUGGCUUAGCUCAAAGCCUGGCUUAUUUCGGUUAGCUUGGCUAAUUUUAGUGAGAGUUCGGUUCCACAAAGGAGGCUUAGGUCUAGCGUGGCUUGGUAACCAUGGUAACUCAGCCAGCGCGACAAGCCUGGUCCCAGGCAGGCUUACGGUCAAGCUAACCUUAGCUGCAUUUCAGAGAAGGUCCGACGGGCUUCCAGAAGACGCUUUGUGAACCGCAUGUCACACAGUAAUUUCAUCUUUAUCUGUAAUAAAUGAUGCUCUUGUUCGGAAAAAUAAAUUGAGAACUUUUAAAAACAACAUAGGAAUACCUGAAUCCGGACAUGCCCAAUAUUACCCCAAACUCAAAGAGAAAGAGAAAUUCAGUAGCUGAGUGGGUAAAGAGAAGAGCCGGUAAAAUGUGUUUUUCACUGCUCUAUGGAUUCGAUCCCGUCAGCGGUAAUUAUUUGGAAAUAUCUGAUUUUCUCUCUUUCUUUUAUUCUGUGACUCUCAAUGUACUGUCAACACAUAACAGACUAAAGGCACAAACGAUCUCAUCCAAAACACUGAAGGCGACAACAGCAACAAUUUCCCAUUAAAAAAACGAUGAUGAUAAUGUAAAGGUGAUGGCAAAUGACGACAUGACGACACUCUGUGUACAAGCUCAUUUGUGUCUUCGCCCUUAUUUAAAUGAAGGGUGCUGUGCCACUAUCAUCCCUAAUAUAAAAAGAAAAGAAAGAUGUCUCGAGGUACAUGUUUUUCUUUACUUUUUGUCUAAGUUUGCCUACUUUGGUUUUAGGUCUUACCUGUAGCUGCUAUACUAAUCCAUUAUGGAUAUCUAUUUGUCAAAUCAAGAACAUGAAUUAUGCCUACAGUACAGUAGAGGUUCUAGGCACGAAUCAACCGGGCAGCCGCCCGGGGGGGCAUUUGUGUCAUGACUCAUGGGGGGCGGCACAAGCACUUCCAAAAAAGAAAGAAAAAAGAUAAUAAUAAUAAAUCUGCCCCGCAAAGCAGUUUUGUAUUAACUCUUGUCAAAUUGGCGCCCCUGCUUGCUGCGAAGGUGCUGCACAGAGGCUGACAGACUGUAUGAGUGAGCUGCACAGACACGAGAUAAAAAGUUUAAAAAAAAAAAAAGUGUUUAUAGUAAAUACGUAGAAGUGAGGAAUAAAAUUAGACGGCCAAGCAGGCUGGCUGCAUCGAGACAUGCGUCAGUUGUAUAAUAUUUGUCGGCUAUAACUUACGAAUUUAAACGGUCCGCGAUACUUUACCACGCCAUCUCCCUGGCUUUCACAAUGGCAACAGUGUUGCCCUUCUUUUGAAAUUUUUCCUGGUACUCUUCGUACAGCUCCAUGAGAAAGACUCCGCUCUGCACUUUUUUUUCCCCCAUGAUCUUGUCAUUUCGACAAUUGAUAUGUCGGGGCUUUUUAUGUACCACGGAGGCGCGCAUAGCCGCAGCUUGGAUCAGCCUGGCUAGAAUAAGCGUUGAUGAAAAACAGCUGAGCCUCAUUAGUGGAACGAGUCGCAGCUAUUAAAGUGGCCGCUUAUUCAAGCCAUGCUUACCGGCGAUAGCCCAGCCUUCUUUAGCCAGCUUCGUGGAAUACCCCCUGAAGCUGGUCCGGACCAGUCUGGAAACAGAGGCUCUAAAGUCCGUUUGUUGUCUUCCAGGCUCUCGGUCAGGCCUUCAUGGACUGCUGCUGCUGCUGCUGUCAGGAGUGUCAGCCAACCACAUCUCAAGGCUCGCCAAGCUCCGCCCAGGUCAAACUGAAGGCAGCCAAUGAGACGUCCAUCUUUUUCGACAAGGCUAAAGAGACAUCGGCCAUCUUGUCCAUCUCCAGCUAGAGGCACAGACUUCUAUUAAGCCACCCGUCCUCCGAUCAUCUAUCCCAGCAUUCAGCUCUUCUUUAACCUCCUUAAACCUUUCCUUCCUUCUCUGUUCUCUCCGUUUCUUCUUCUGUUCCUCUCCAUCCAUCUCCAUCCCCAGAACACCUCUUCAUCACUGAUCAUCUUCCUCCUCCAGAGCUCAGUUUGUAUGAUAUUCCUCUAUGGACACACUGUGUGUUUUCUCUCCGGCGUCAUCGUGUCUGUGCAGGGAUCGAUCUUUAAUCUGUAGUCACUUUAGGUUGGAGUUGCUGUACUUGCACAUCAGUGUGUGUUGGAGCAGGAGCCUGUUUCAGGACUCAGGAUAGACUCUUCCCUCAGACGUCCUGCUGGAAGGAUGGAUGGAAGCCUGGAUGGUCUGCUGAUGGUCUGAAGAUGAAGUCUCUAAAGGGCUGUGUCCAUUCACUCCGUUUUUAGCACUGGCAGUCCCCAUUUUUGGCUUUUAGUGAGGCUGAACUAUGAACCCCCUCACUUAGACUGUUGGAAAGUCCUCUGUAGGCUUCAUAUGGGAGUUCCUCCUUUAAAGGGAUAUUCUGUCAAAUUAAUUUAGGUUCAAACACACCGUAACACAGAGUUAGACACCCCCUCCAGAGAUGAAUGUUGCCGACCGCUUGCUUCUCUAGUUAUACCAACUUUAGUAACAACGGCAGGAUAGCAAUACACAGCGGUCUGAGGAGCCAUAAACAAACCUCAACCAAAACCAGUCCAUUACGGACUACAGCGGGGUGAUGCAGCUCAAGGAAGAACAUUUAUGAUCAUUUCUUUAUCAUUUCCUUGAAGUAAUAAUCAUCAUAUUAAUAAUUUUACAGACGCGGUAGUUCCUCUGCCUUAGCGUCUCAGUCUAAUUGUAUUUCCAUGAAGAAAUGAUCAUAAAUGUUCUUCCUUGAGCUGCGUCACCCCGCUGUAGUCCGUAAUGGACUGGCCUGAGGUCUUGCUACAAACAAGCGGCUGCUGGAAGAGAGUAGGUGAGUUGUGUUUAGUCUCUUUGCUAAAGAAAUUAGUCAAAGUUAAAAGGAUGUUUGGUGGCUAGGACCCUUUAUGUUCUAACCUCAGUAGAACAUGGUGUAGUUCUGUUCAGUAACAGAACCUGAUUGGAAAAUUAGCUGAUUUAACUUUACUGUGCUCUUGUUCAAAUAUACUAACUCGACAGCACAUAAAUCCAUACCUGUUAACAAAAGCAUUAUUUUAUUGAGAAUUUGGCUCAAUAAAAACACUUUUACCUUUUUAUUUUACUACAGUAGAAGUUUCUUGGCCCAGCUUAUAGACUACAAAAGUGGAGAAACGCACCCACUUAAGUUUAUGUUUUCUUAGGAGUUAGAACAACUCUGAAUAUAGUACUAUGGCUGGGACCCUAUAUGUACUGUUGAUGAAGUUACGUGCUGUUCUGAGCCUUAUCUGUGGCUAUAGAGUGGCGUUUUGGUUGAGGUUUGUUUAUGGCUCCUCAGACCAUUGUGUAUUGCAAUCCUGCGACUGUUACUAAAGUUGGUAUAACUAGAGAAGCAAGCGGUCAGCAACAUUCAUCUCUGGGGGGUCUAACUCGGUGUUACAGUGUGUUUGAUCCUAAAUUAAUUUUACACCAGAAUACCCCUUUAAUGACAUUUUACAGAGACCCUAUAAACAGGCCAACAGAAGUCUUAUCUUAGCAUUAGCAGCACUUCUAGACCUUGGGCAAAACUAGCAUGUUACUCUCACCUCUUGACUGCUGCCAUUGUUGUUGACAAAGCUGUGUUCAGAAGUCCUACCCCUUCUUGAUUUUGAUUGGUUGGUGAUGAGGAAGUGACAUUGACAAGUGUGGUGAUGUUCUAAAAGUUGCUGAAGUCAGCUGAAGGCCCUGAGUGCUAAAAUCCAAACACUAUUGAAAACAGGUGCAGCCAGCACAGAAAACUGCAGUCAAUGUACACAAGCCCUAAAACCCGCAUGAGGACAGCAGUCAGAUCCAUCUGACCUCCAGGAGUGGAAACUGCAAGGCACCGGUCAAAAACAUAAUCUGCAAAGCCCUGAGAGGUCAGACUGUAAACUCCUGACCUGGAAAUUCAAGAUGGCUGCUCCCGGCAACAAGGCUAAACUAGCUGUACUUGUAAUAGUGUUUAUUGACAACCGAGUCUUGUAAUGUGUGCUUAGAUCAAUAUCUAGGAUAGGAUUGUGCAUGUUCUACCUGUGGACAUGUUCUCAUGUUUGUAUGCAAACUAUUAUAAUCUAGACUGUUGUAGACUAGUGUUAGCUAACAAUGUAAACAACAGCGGAGCUCAUGGCUGAAUGUGUUUCUGGACUGGAUCUGGGGGACAGUGACCUUUAAAUGUGAGGUCACUCCCGAUUUCCACGUCCGACUUCAGAGGUAAAUGGACUGUACCAUUGCUCCCCCUUACAGUCGCUUUGAUGAAAACUAACCUGAAGCUCUAAAUCAGAGAUUUUUUUUGUACAGUUGGGAGCCAUGACAUUUGGUGAAGAUGAAUAAAUUAGCCAUCAAAACCGGUGGCAACCAGGUUCCUGCUUUUCUAGUGCGUGGCUCUAGUUCACGGUAAUGAAACAGGAAGUUUUUUUUUGUCCCUGACAGGCCCAUGUUGGUAAUCCUAACCCCCAGUUUCCACCGCAUCCUCAACGUCUACGAAAAGGCUGUAUCCGCUGAUCGUAGCUGAUCGUAACCAUUCAAGUUAACGUGUCAAUUUCCACCGGCUUCUUUCCAUUCCUCUGCGGAUCGCUGGACUCCACGGCUGAUCUUAAGAGUUCUAUUUUUUCCAGAUGCCGGAGCAUGCCGGAUAAAUUCAGCACAGAUUAACCCGUGCUGGAAAGGAAGUCGGGCACAGACACAAAAUAAAACAUCCAGCUUCUUUUCAAAAUAAAACACUCCAUGUUUCAGGCGAAUCGUAUUUCACACCAUGCAAACGGGCGGAGACGAACAAGUGAAAGGUUUUUAGAUGUCAUUUCACCCCGAUGACACCAUGGAUGAGGAGAUGCUGAUUCAAGAAAUCUAGAAGUAGAUUUCCUCCUCUGGAAGGACACAAUCUACUGCUUAUAUGUCUAUGUGUCUCUCUUUAUAGAGACAACUCAUUAUCGUGCGAUUGAUUGUAUGUGAAUCCGUGGGGUUUUGUGAGUUUUCGCGAUUCCUGCUGUCCGUAAUCUGCCACGAAAUUUGUCUCAUAAACAGAUCUGGUAGGAACUGGCAGACGGCGAAAAAAUGGCCGCCGUUCCGGAUCGGAGCCGUUCUGGAUGUAGUGGAAAUCUUGGGUCACAUAACAGUGACGAUCCCUGCAGAGAUAGGUACCUAACUGGUUUCACGGCUUGACACUAACUUUGUUCACAUGUUCUCCUAAGUUGAAAAAGUAAGGAGCACACAAAGAACUUUAGGGGCACUAUGAAAAUUGAUCAAAUAAUGUUCAUCAUAUUGUCUGACCUUAGUACUAUUAUUUGAAAUCAAUUUUAGGACAGUUGGUCACAUGACAUGGAAGCUAUUGAAGGAAAGGUUCGAAAUUUGCCUUUAAAUUUAACACAAAUUUUUUUAAAGGACAAAUUAGGGAAAUAAGAGGUAUGUCUUAUUGGUCUACCUUAGUACUAUUUUUUAAAAUCAAUUUUAGGUCUUUUGGUCACAUGACAUGGAAGCUAUUGAAGGAAAACAGCCUUUUCUGAGAACAUCAACCGGUAAUUUAUUGAUGGUCCCUUAUUCAACACCCGACGUUGACAGUGAGGGUGCCGAGUAGAUUUAACCACGCUGCUGUUGUUAUUCCCAGUUAUGGAGAGUGAGAAGACACCGGUAGAUCCUCAGUGAAUGUCCAUCAAAUAUCCAACCUGAAACUAACUUCACUGCCUUAUUUACAGAAAAAAACACAUUUGUUGAUUUUUUUAAUGCGCACAUGUGACCCUAAAUACAUUUUACAAUUCACACACAUCUAUUUUUAGUCGCAAAUGUGAGUGAAACGGUCGUACUGUCGAGACCUGGGUUGGAAACCCAUUUAAAGGACAAAUGAUCCGUGGAGUUCCUAAAGGCGCCGCUCUAGGUCCUCUUGUCUACGUGUAAAUUUCUAAUUGAUCCUAAGACAAAGUUCCAACAUGCACACAAAAACCCUGAUCAGUGGGCUUUCCUCUCACCCUGAACAAAACAUUGGUCUACUGUUUUUGUGUAGGAUCCAAUCAAGGAUGCAGUCGACCAGCAUCUGAUUUUAGAGAAAACUUUUUUUGGCGAUAGGGGACGGUGACUUUGGAUCUGGGGCUACUGAAGCAUCAGAGCAGCUAAAGCUCGAUCAGGUGAUGUAGUUGGACUAAACUUGUCCCAGUCUAAAGCACCUGAAGACAAUAAAUUAACUGAAAAGUAUGUCUACCUCCACUCCACUAGGUGGCAGUAUGCCCUCUUUCAGCUUGGGUUGUCUUCUGCUUGAACUGUUCCCUCGUACCCUAAAACAAACAACAAACAAGUUAGCAAGAGGCUAAUAGGUUUACAAAACAACACCUUCUCCUUUUUUAGUUCUUUCUUCUUCUGUCGAGGUUUUGUUUAAUACUCGUCUUCCUACAAUGAAUUUAUGAGGUUAAAAUCCCAGGUCAAAGCAUGCUGAUUAUGGAGCAUGCUCAGAACUGGCUUGUUCCAGUCGGAAUAACGUGAUAAAUGGAACACUGUUAAAGUCUAAGAAGGACAAUCUGGAGUAAUGCUGCGUUUGAGUUACCUCUGAAGUCAGGUGUUGGAGCUGAAAAUGAUGUCAGCAUUUCAGUUGCCAAGUCAGAAAAAAGCGAAAUUGGAGGUGGAAACAAGAUGGCUACAUCUAUGAAAGUUAUUUUAGCACUUGACUUAUAUUCGGACAAGGCAAGCGCUAAAAUAACUUUUGAAGAUAUAGCCAUCAUGUUCCUGCCUCUGUUUUUGCUUUUUUGCGUCUUGGUAACUGAAAUGUUGGGAACUCGCAUGUGACGUCAUUUUCAGCUCCAAUAUCUGACUUCUGAGGUAACUCAAACGCAGCAUAAGACCAGAACUUUUAUUGGACUCACUGAAACAAAGACCAUGUGACUCCAACAGUCAUAUUUCCACCAUUACAGCAUGUUUCAUUUCCUCACGUUUUCAUCUAAUCUGACAUUAUGACCUUAGACUAAAUCUAAACCUGGACCCGUGUUUAAAGUGCUGGAGUGAGCCCGGUUUGGUUUUGUGUCUGUUGGCCCAUCACAGAUUCAUGAUUGGUGGUGGGAGUACUUCACGUUACUAUGGAGACGGUACAGGUGUAACUCUGGUGGGGUCCUGUUGAGGUGGGAAGAUAACCUACAUAGAAAUUUAAAGUUUAUAAAUGCUUGUAAAGAAAAGACUGUGGAUCAUAAACAAGUAGAGCAGAUUUGACUGUAGCUGCUUUAAUUCUAGAGAUGUGCAACUAAUCAUCAAAAGAGUUGUGUUUUCUUGCAACGCCAUGGGAAAGUCGGUUUUUGUAAAGUUGAGUUUAAUGGCAGUUAAUGUCACAGAAAUAGCAAACCACUGAGGUCAUUGCGUUUGCCAGAUUUACAAUCAUGGAAUAAACUAAAGGGACUUUUGUACUCCAGACUAAAAUAGUCAGAGUUAGUCCAGGGGAUGGGGGACGGGGGGCUUAGGUUAGGGGAUAUUCCGGCGUAAAAUUAAUUCAAGGUUCAAACACACUGUAACACUGAAUUAGCCACCCCUCCAGAGAUGAAUGUUGCCGACCGUUGCUUCUCUACUUAUACCAACUUUAGUAACGACCGCAGGAUAGCAAUACUGCUGUCAUUAUGCACUGACUGGUUAUGAUCAUUUCUUUAUCAUUUCCUUGAAGUAAUGGAAUGAAGUAAUGUGUGUAUUGCUAUCUUGUGGUCGUUACUAAAGAGAAGCAAGCGGUCGGCAACAUUCAUCUCUGGAGGGGGUGUCUAACUCAGUGUUAUGGUGUGUUGGGCCCUGAAUUAAUUUACGCCGGAAUAUCUCUUUAAUAGUUCUUCUUUAGAGAGGGUAUCUGAAAUAAGGUCUGGAGAAGGUCUACAGGAAUGACAGAAAGAGACUUUUCAGCAUGUUUUGGAGUUAAAACUGUCCCCUGAUGUCCCUGCAGUAAAGAGGACUUUGGACUCAGUUAUGGCUCAGUUCAUAUGUGACUUUUCAGACUGUUGGAGUUUUGGAGGAUCAGAGAAGAACCAGUGAAGGUCAUGGAAACAAAACUCCAAUUCCUGUUCUGUUCUUAUAAUCAGAUUUCUCUGCUUUAGUUGUUAAUCACACUAAGUCGAUGCUUUUAGAUAGCAGCUGUGUCAAAGCAGCUUUUUCAGGUGAACCUGUCUGUUAAACUGAUUGUUACCAUGGAAACUGUACCCCAGAAAAGACUAAGACCUUCAGUCCACAGUUUAAGGAUCUGAAUUUUUCUGCCCUAACUUUUUAAUAAAGGGACGAGCACACACUCCUGAA